CACCGCGCACUUUUCUCUCACCUAAAUCCUAAUUAUACUUUUCUAUAAAAAUUUCAAAAUAAAAUAAUACCAUCAUAAGUUUCAAGUGGUAGAGCCAUUGUAUUUCGAUGUUCAGGUUGAUUAGGGAAGGGGAAAAGCAAAACCAAGUGCAGCCAGCAAUUGAUGCCAGUGCAGGACGAAUCCCGGCGGGGCCCACCACUACGCAACCUGCUGACAUGUCGAAAUCCAGGCCACUGUUUCUGGCAUCAUCAUCUACCGCCCUUCACCUCCAAAAGCCACCCGUAUCCAUCAAUGGCGAGCUCACCUUUUUAGCGAUCCAUGCACACACACACACAAAUUACAUGACAAAAACCACUCUCUUAAAAUUCGAUAAGUAUGAUCUAUGUGUUUGGAACUGGAAUCAUACACUAGAAUAUAUGCACAAACAAUACGUAUAUACGCGCAAGCGCAAUUUCGCAUGCGGAUAUAAAAUUUCCAGAGAUAGCUUCAGACUUACGCCGCUAUAGGAUUUUGUCCGUCCAAAUUCUGUUCAUGUCUACGGGUGUGCUCGAUGGCAGUUACAGCUCCGCCACUAUGGGGGGUGGCAGCGCUCCGGCGACGGCGGACUGGAGGGCUCAGGUGGCGGAGUUCGCUAAGGGAGCGGCGGAGAUGAGCGUGGAGUUCGGGAAAGGGGUGCGGGACGUGGUGAAGCAGAGUGUAGUCAAGGACGAUUCCGAAAUUGUGAGGAAGCUGAAGGGCUCAUAUGCAAAUAUCUCUCGGAAAUUGAGCUUUCUGAAUGACUAUCUGCCCGAGGAUCGCGAUCCACGUCACGCCUGGACUGUCAUCGCCUGUGUUUGGGUUUUCGCUUUGGCAGCUCUGAUUGCUAAUGCUAAUCAAACUACGACUCCUUCGUUUAAGAAGAUGAAAACGCAUCCUGCUAGUGCUAAUCUAAUACUGCUUCCCGAUGGUAGACACUUAGCAUAUCAGGAGAAAGGUGUUUCUGCUUAUCAGGCUAGAUACACCAUGAUUAUUCCCCAUUCUUUUCUUUCAUCGAGGCUGGCAGGGAUCCCCGGUGUCAAGGACUCCUUGCUGCACGAGUUUGGUGUUAGGCUCGUGACAUACGAUCUACCUGGAUUUGGUGAAAGUGAUCCUCAUCCUGGAAGGAACCUCGAGUCAUCAGCUUUGGACAUGUUGCAUUUGUCAUAUGCUGUGAAUGUUUCUGGAAAGUUCUGGAUAGUUGGGUAUUCUGGUGGAAGCAUUCACGCUUGGUCUGCCCUCCGUUACAUCCCUGACAAGGUCGAAGGUGCUAUCAUGGUUGCUCCUAUGAUUAACCCGUAUGAACUGAGACUGAGCAAAGACGAGAGACGGAUGAUUUGGGGAAAAUGGGCAACAAGGAAAAGAAUUAUGUACCUUGUAGCUCGGAAAUUUCCUAGAUUACUUGUAUACUUCUAUCGCAGAAGUUUUCUCUCUGGAGACCAUGGUCGUUUGGACAAGUGGCUUUUGUUGUCACUUGGAAAGAAGGAUAGAGCUCGUGUAGAGGACCCAGUUUUUGAAGAAUUCUGGGAGAGGGAUGUUGAGGAAUCAGUUCGACAGGGAAAUGCAAAACCGUUUGUCGAGGAAGCUUCCUUGCAGGUUUCAGAUUGGGGUUUCACCAUUUCAGACCUCAAACUGCACAACAAGCAGCGGGGUAAAGGGAUUCUCAUUUGGCUCAAAUCAGUCUACAAUUUAGUAGAAGAAAGAGCCAAUGGAUUCCUCGGCCCGAUAUACAUAUGGCAGGGAGGUGAAGAUAGAGUCGUCCCUCCAGCAAUGAGCAACUUUGUGCGUCGGGUUUUACCCGACGUGAUGCUGCAAAAGCUCCCGUACGAAGGCCAUUUCAGCUAUUUCUAUUUCUGUGAUGAAUGUCAUCGGCAGAUGUUCAUUACAGUGUACGGAAAUCCGCAAGGCCCUCUUCUCCCCGCCGGAGAUGGUGAAGAGAAGUUGGAAGUAUUGUUCAGCGACGUGUCAACGGACAAAGACAAUGUUUCUUGUUUAGCUUGACAGCCUAGCCUAGAUGCAGCAACGCUGUCCUGGUUUUUUGGACAUCAGCAGAGGCCUUAAUGCGUAUGUUGAUUGAGAUGAGGAUAUUUGUAACUGUGUAGUUCUUCUCUUACAUAAACUCUAGCAGAAUUUGCUGGGCUGAAAAAAUUAUAAUCUUCUAUCCCUUUGUCCAUAGCAUCAAGCUCCUGGCUCUAUGAUGUAGUAAUAUGUUUCUAAUUGAUUCGAUAUGGUGUCAACUCACUAUUUAUUAUUGUUA